GAUCGACGCUGCGAACAUCCUGGGCGUUCCACUAGUGGCGACUGAGCAAUACCCUAAAGGUCUAGGGGGCACCGUCCCUGAUCUCAAAUCACGGGUGACCCAUUGCUUCGAGAAAACCAAGUUUUCCAUGUGUGUGCCACAAGUAGAGGAGGUUCUCAACGCCAGUCCCGAUCGGAAAAAUCUGGUUUUAUUCGGGGUCGAGUCACACGUGUGUGUGUACCAGUCGUGCAUGGAUUUCCUUGAGAAGGGUUACAAUGUGCAUAUACUCGCGGAUGCAGUGUCCUCGCGCUCAAGCUUUGAUCGCGAGAUAGCUAUCGAUCGCAUGAGACAGGCGGGUGCGUGUAUAGUCACAUCCGAAAAUGUGCUGUUCGAUUUGUGUCGCGAAAAAGAACACCCCCACUUUAAGGAAAUCUCAAAGCUUGUGCGGGACACCAUCGAGCCCCACUUCUAAUACUGAACCAGCGAAGUAAAGGCAUCCUGCGCUACUGAGCCGGCACCCAUGCCUAUAUCUACGAUGGGAUUAUUCUCUCACUUGAAUUUUACUUAUACUAGACAAAUUGAUGUGUCCGGAGGAGUUGAUAAUCUGUUUGGCAGUGGUGCAUUGACUUCCUAAUGGGAAGGCCAAUGAGUGUACUUGUUACCGGCUGCGACUGUGAAAACAGUUUCAGGCGCAGGCGCGGUCUCGAAAGCGCUACCGCAGAACAACUGCAACGAAUUAAAUAAAGCAUUCUAUACG